AUGUCACUCGCCAAGUUAACAUCCCUAUCAACACAGACAUUGUCGCUACUACUGGAACGUCAGCGUCUUCAGACCAUGAACCAGCCAGCGCCCGCGGCAAGCACGCAGAACAUCAUUCGCAACCUUGCACAACUGCGCUCCGGGAUCCUCGCACUUGAGGUUAAGACGCAGGAUGGCAAUGGUGGAAAGGCCGAGAAGGAGGCUUCUGCACUGUUGAGAAGCCAGUUUGCAAGGAUGAGGGAUAUGCUGGGCAGUGAUGUGGCAGGUAUUGACCCAUUACCUCCCCUUGUGAAGGAGUCGGAAAUUGCGUCCGAACUGUCUCCAAUCCCGCCACCACCCCCUCGAAAAGAUACAACAUAUGUUCCAUACUCAGAUGAGCCCCCACCGUCACCAGAGAAUGAUGCUUCGCCCCCGGAACUUCUGGAGCAGCAGCGACUACUCAUGGAAGAACAAGAUGCACAUCUCGAUCAUCUAUCUCUCUCCGUGACGCGCCAGCGAGAUAUUUCGCUUCAAAUAAACGACGAGCUAACCGUCCACAACGGGCUAUUAGACGAGCUCGGACAUGAUGUAGAUAAUACUCAUGGUCGUUUGAAUCGAGCCCGGAAACGACUGGAUCGUUUCAGUAGAGGUGUUAAGGGUAACUUGUCGACAUAUAUCAUUGCUGGAAUCAUCCUCAUCCUCCUCAUAUUAAUCAUCAUUUUCAAGACAUAA